AUUUCUGUACCCAACAUUUGUGGAUCCGUAUUCUCUUUGUCAACGUGACUACAAGGUUUUGGAUAAAAGCUGUGCAACUCCGAUCGAAUAACUUCACUAAUUCACUUAUCGCCCUCUUCUAAGUUGUGAAGAAGCAUUUACAUCUUUCGCUUGUGGAGCCACUAACUUGCGUGUAAGAAUACUGGUGUUAAUUCAUGCCUGUGGAAACCCGACUUUUUAGCAACUGUGUUUUAACUGGUGUUGUGAUAGUAGGGUGUUUCCAUAAGUUGACUUGCGCGAGUGGCCGUGGCGAUAUGCACGUACAAGUAAUUCAUGCCUGUGGUGGCCCGACUUUUAGCCACGCAAGUGAUACGUGCGCAGUGCACUUCAAUGUAAACAAAUAGUAUAGCACCUGCCUCGUGUGCGAUUUGCCCGCUACAGACUGUGUUUUCAAAUGCUAUAGAGAAUGAUGAACUUACUGACAGUGGAAAAGAGUGUGUUUAACAUUCAGAAAGCGUAUGUCCCUGCAGAAUUAUUACAAGAGAAGUGGCAAGUUGGACAACACGCCUUUAUUAAAGUGUCGAAUAAUUGGAAAACCGUUUGUAAAAUAUAUCCUAGGCAUAAUCUCCAUCGCUCUUUCGUCCAAGUGGAUACCAGCGUCGUAAAAUGUUGUGGAGAUUUUCCAGAAUCACCUGACUGCGUGAUUCCGCCUAUUGCUUCCGUAGUGGAGAACAGUGUGAUAGAGGUGGAGCAAUUGGAGUUUGUGGACAGCCCAGUUGCUUUCAAAUCACUGAACGUUACUGUCAUUUUUGACAGUGUUACGCAGCUGAAGCUAUGGAAGAAAAACAGAAAUGUGUUAAUUUCUCAGCUCAGAGCCAUGCUACGCUUGUAUGUGUUUACAGAUUGCUGCCUAAUAUCUUUUCGUAACUUAAAACAAAUCCAUAGAAGUGGAAUACAUUGCGUGUUUGUAAGGGAUAUUCAUCCAUCCAAUAAAAACUCGUGCGGAAGAAUCAAUUCGGCAACGAAGAUUUCUGUUAGUAGUUUUCUUAGUAAGGUCAGAUUUGAACAGUUACAGGAUAAACAUACAGCUCCAGCAAUAGGUGGGUUAGAUGAAGCUUGCGCAAAAUUGAUAGACAUUAUAGAGCAGAGUAAAGAAGCUAGAGAAAAACCACGACUCAAGCUAAGGCACUAUGAGCAAGUGCUUUUGGCUGGCCCCCCAGGUUGUGGUAAAAAGAGUCUGGUUAGGCAUGUGUGUGCACGUACUGAUGCUGUUAUGAUCAGUAUCAAUGCACUGGACAUUUGUCAGUCUGUUUCAAAUACUCCAUCUUCAGUAUUGAAUCGUGCAUUUAAAGAAUCAUCUGACCUAACGUAUGAAGGUGUCUGCGUGCUGGUGUUGGAAGCCAUCGACAUCCUGUUUGGAAGAUCACAGGAGCGCUCUGAAAGUGCAAGUGUCAUGAGAAGAGUAGCAGGAGAACUUGCUCUGCUCCUGGAACGUGCUGACAGUGUUCCAGGGUUGGUGGUCAUUGCUACAGUGACACGCCCUGGUGAUCUGGAUCCUGCUCUGAGGCGACCAGGCAGGUUGUCCACUGAGAUACACUUAGGAGUGCCUACUCACCACGAACGAGAACAAAUCCUACAGGUGGUGUUGCGUCCAUUGGUCAGUCAAAUGAAGACGGAUGAACUUCAUGAAGUGUGUGCAGAGGCGGCAGGGUUCACACAGGGAUAUGUCGGGGCAGAUCUUGCCCUGCUGUGCCAGAAUGCUGCGGUGCAGUACAGCACAAAUGAGAGGAAUGCAGAGGAUAGUUCAGUUAUCACACCUUGUAGUGCUGCACAGUGGAAAGCUUUGCUGCUUGAUGCUGCUCGAAAAGUGCGACCGAGCUAUAUGGUGGCUGGACGUAUCACAAACACGGAGAAAGUUAUUGGAGGCCUGGAAAAAGUCGGUGGUCUUUCAGAAAUAAAGCGUAUAUUGCAGUUGGCUGUUCAGCUGCCAUUACUCCGACCAGAUGCGUUUUCCAGAUUAGGCCUUCCACAUCCAAGAGGUCUUCUCUUGUAUGGCCCACCAGGAUGUGCAAAAACCAGCAUAGUGAGAGCACUGGCUUCAGAGAUGCAAGUGACGUUCAUGGCUACUUCUGCUGCAGAACUGUACUCACCAUAUGUUGGGGAAGCUGAGAAGAAUGUCUGUGAACUUUUUCAGCGAGCUAGACUUGCAGCUCCAACUUUGCUCUUUGUGGAUGAAAUAGAUGCUCUCGUGGGAAGCCGCCAGGGAAGAGAGAGGGGUGUUCAGGAGAGAGUGUUGUCUGCCUUUCUACUAGAAAUGGAUGGUAUUGGUGGACCAUUGGACACUCAAGGUUCUCAAGCAAAAGUAGCUGGUGUGAUUGUACUGGCAGCAACAAAUAGGCCGGAUUUGCUUGAUGAUGCCCUGUUGAGGCCGGGGCGAUUGGACCGCUUGGUGUAUGUGUCUGCACCAAAUGAGCAUGCCCGUCUGGAAAUACUUCGUGUACAUACGGCGCACAUGCCUCUCGCUCCCUGUGUUGACCUGUCAUCAGUUGCAGCUGCCACUGACCUUUACAGUGGGGCGGACUUGGCUGUUUUGUGUAAGGAGGCUGCUUUGUGGGCUCUAACUGAUGAAGGAAUGGAUGCUAGUCACGUGAAGCACAAUCACUUCAGCAAAGCUCUGUCUUUGUCUCGGCCCUCCUUGUCACAAGAGCAGGUGCACUGGUAUGAAAACUACAAGAAAUAACCUUUUGCUGAUGUGUAGUCUACAGUUCGCAGACAUAUGUCUAGAUGUCACUUCAAGAUGUGUUAGCCACCAAAAAGGUGCAGGAGUAGACAGAGAAUGAAAGGUAACCUGUUCUCUGUUGAGACUCCGGAGAUUUACUUCCUUGCAGCAAGAAGAAAGGCAGUGUAUGCUUUGGUCUCAAAAGUAAAGUUAAAACUGUUACCAAUCAUAAGAUUGGUUUGUAUACCACAGUGCUUACUACACAUGGUCAUGUUGGAGUAAGUAUGUCAUACCCUUCCUCUUCUACAACCAGAUGAUUGUAGAGGGAGCUACACGUAAAUCUGUUUUCGAAACCAUGUUGGAACUCGUCAUUUUUCAUAACAAGAAACAUUGCUAAAGAUGACAGAUACGAAUCCUAGGAGUGACCAGGGAUUGAGGCGGAGACAUUUGGAUCUGCAGUCUGGCACUUUACUACUGUUCCAUUGAGCCAGAUAGUUUGUCAGUUAAAGACAUAAAUUCUGCAAAUGAGUCUGCAAUCAUGUUAUAGUACUUAAUUUGUAAAGGUCUUUCUUGACCACAUUGUGAAAUGUACAGUUUAUAUCAGCUUUACAAAAUAAUGGGCCAGAUAGUAUAAGGAUUUGAUGGGUUGCCUUAUUUCUCCACUGCUAGUCUGUGAUAUAUAAGGCAAACCAUUUAUUAGUAUUUAGUAGAGAAAAUAUGAAACACUGUGAAGUCAUAAUGUGGGUCUGUUGAAUUUCCUGUUUUGUGAUAACAGCUUAAUAACAACAGGAGUUUCUAUGUUCCUUAGCUGACCAUACAUGUAUGUGCUGUAACAAAGUUACAUAUGAACUGGACUACUUCAGCAUCUCUGCAUUGUUCUUCAAAUUGUUUUGUCACACUAUCUGAACAACAGAUUACAUUAAUUACUUUUUAUUGCCUCUAAGCACAUUGUACUACACAGUUUCAUAUGAAGUGUUUGGGUCUAACCCACUCACAUGAGAAAAAUGAAGACCUGUAAUGAUUUGGUUAGCUCAUUAGCUCUGUGAAUAGUGUUUCAUAUGUUCUUCCUUUCAGUAUUCUGUCCAUUAGCUGGUUAGACUGAAAGUUUUUAAUGUAAAUGUUGGGCCAUUGGGGUUUACCAGACAUGUAGCAUGAUAUAAGCAUGUUCUUGGCAGGUCAUUUAUUCAUGUACCACAGAUCACACACAUUGAGUUUUGAUGACGGCACUUACUAUGCAGGUUUGAUUAUGAGAUUUUACAUUAAAAACUACAGAUUAGAUUUAGAUUUCAAUUUAAAAAUUACAUAUUUGCUUUAGGAAGUUCUAUGUCAGAAACAUAACUGUUAUUGUGAACAUCAUUUCUUCAAGUUAGUCUCUGACUGCUUUGUCAUUGAGAGUAAAUGGGCUUUAAUACAAAUGGAAGGUCCUGUUAUUAGUUGUAGUUUAACUGUUGCUGCCAUGAAGCUUGGCUUGAAGUGUGGCUAUGGUGAAGCUCAGUUUGUAACUCUCUCUCUCUCUCUCUCUCUCUCUCUCCCCCCUCCCCCCUCUCUCUCUCCCCCCCCCCUCUCUCCCUCUCUCCAUCUUUCCCUCUCUCUCUUCCCCCCCCCCUCCCCUCUCCCCCCCUCCCUCCCUCCCCCCGCCCCUUUUUCUGCACCGGAAAAUUGGUCCCUUGCUAAAUAUUUGCAUGUUAAAUGAGGAUGAAUAUAUGAAGACAGAAUCUGUUCCUUAUUGGUAAUUUUUAAUUUGCACAAUAGGUAAACCACUUGUGACAGUUUGGUGCAAAACUUCUCUGGUUAUUGUAAGAUACUGGUGUGGGGGAGCAAGUACUGGAUUGUCCUGCAUCAUGUCACUCAUACUACUUUGAUAAUUGGAGUCAUAAACUAUAAGAAAAAAGUUAAAUCAAAAGUUUUUAUUGCGCUGAGGACUUAAUUCUGCUCAAAAAUGAACAGUAUACAUAGAUGUCUUUCUCCUUUUGUUAUAUUUAACACCCCAGCUAUUUUUAUAGCUCCUGGCAUUUGCAUUGUUCCACUCGGCUUGCCUGCCUCAACUCUGUCUAAAUGCUGAAUACAAAAUGAUGGAUACACACUUAGCUUUUCUUCGUAUUUCCUUAGCGCUUGGAUUACUUUCCUAAAUUCAGACGAUUACAUUAUCUCACUCAGCCUGCUAUCCUCAACUCCACUCACCAUGUUGACCUCCACUCAACUCAAUAUAUCGACCAAAGAAGCCCCAAAGACAAAGACAUCUUUCUAUCGUAAUGUUAAAUUGUGCGUCGCAUUUCAGUUACUGGUCCAGAUAUGUUACUAGUGAUCUUAUGAUGAUCAUGAUGAUGAUGAAAUCACUCACUUUCUGAGUUGUUUUGUAAUAAUAAAAGGUAAACAGUUUAUUUUAGAUUGGUUUGUUUUUAUGUAGCCACUGUGCAAACUUAUCAAUGGGGACAUAAAAUGUAGCAUCUAUACAGUAAAAGCCCCUUUUUAUACUUUCAGUGGACUGACCCAAAAAAGUGUAAAAUGCAGGAAAGUGUACACACAGGAGAGUAUAGGAAACACAACAAGCAAUAACAAAUAAAUUACUCUUACUGUUGUUUUCUUUACAGUGUUCAAAACAUGAUAUUAACUCAAUUUAAAGUUUGCCUAUUCUUUAAAAAAUCCGAAAUAAUUAUUUUUGUUGCUUUCUAAUAGCAGUUAACUCAUGUGUGAAACCACAUUAAGAUGAUACUCAGGUUCUAAAGUGAGACUAAUUAUUGAUAAUCAUUAUUGUCAUUUGGCUGAUUACAGCAAUAGACAAAGUCAAGAGCAUAUAUUUCUACAUAAACUACUAUAUCGAUGUAAAUUGGUUCACGUAAAAUAAGUACACAUUAGACUACAGUAUUUUCAUCAUCAAAAAAUUCAUCAAUAGUGUAAAACGGAUUGUUCACUAGUAGCUCCUAUAAUUUAGCUUUAAAGACAUUUACAGGCAGUUCUUUAAAGUCAGCACUUAGUCUAUUAAACAUCCUUAGUCCAAGAACUAGGUAGGAGUUCUGCGAUUUUGAUAAUCUAGGCUAUGAAUAUCACUUCUCAACAUAAAGUUAGACACAUUGUCUCUAAUGUACAAUAAAACAUUGUAGAUGAAUAAGUUUACUACUGUAAGACACUGCAGUUUAGUAAACAGAGGUUUACAAUGUUCUGUUUUAUCAGAAUCUGUUAUUAUUCUUAUUACUUUCUUCAGUAAAAGUAAAAUGUAAUUUAUAUGACAGCUACUACCCCACAGUAAGAUUCCAUAAGAGAUGAUGCUUUGGAAGAAAACAAAAUAUGCUGAUAUCACAUAACCAUUGGGAAUGUCUUUUUAAAUUUCUAAUUAGGUAAAUAACUCUUGGAAGCCUAGCUAAUAUAUUUUUAAUGUGUGGUUCGCAUGUUAAUUUAUUGUCAAUAGUAACACCUAAAAAUUUAACAGUUACAAAUUCUUGGUAGUUAGAAAUCUCUUUGAAACUAAAGAGUCUGGGUUUUGUUUUCAUUUAGUAAGAAGCCAUUAGCUUUGAACCAUAAUGACAAGGUGACCAUAUUUUAUAGACUCAAAUUUGGGACAUUAAAAUAUUUCCUAGGCCCAAAUCCAGGACUCAUUAAAAAUUAUGCAAAAUAGGCUAUAAGUAUUUAUUUAUUUAUUAUAUGAGAAGAAGGUUUCAAUUAAAUGUAAUAAAUACAAAAUAUCAAUUAAAUUUGUUACAAAGCAAAACACAUUUACAUUUUAUUAAUACCUUCUAAGAUGAAUGAGCGUGAUUAGGGCAACUGUAUUUAUCAGUGCUGUGAAUUUUCUUUAUGAAGUCUGUAUUUUUCAACAUCAUGUGAAAAAACUCGACACAAGUUUCAUCAUAAUUUAUUCUACUUACUAACAUUGCUUUCAUGGUUUCUACAGCAAACUGUGUUUUGUCACUUGUUCAUAUAUUGUUCAUAUAUUGUUCAUUUGGGAAAAUACCCUUUCAGUAGCAGCAUUAGUGCCAGGAAGGCAGAAAAGAAACUCCAGUAGCUUGAGUACACUCGAGAAUGGCACAUGAUUCUGGCUGAAAUGAGAAAUCAUCUCAACCCAUCUUUGACCUGGAACAGUGUUGUUAGCAGUCCAUUCAAUGAUUUUUCUCAGUGGUCACAAACUGUUUGACACUGACAUACUCAUCAUACAUUACAUUUUCUGCAAACUGAACAUAUGGCACAGUUUCGCUAACUAGAGAAGUAGUUCGUGGAGGUAUGUGCCGUCUAUGCAACUAAAUGAAGGCAGUGUGUUUGUUGCCAUAUGCGUUUCGCUUCAUUUAUUUGGGAAGCAUCAUCAGUGGCCUGAAAUACA